GGCUUUAGUGGAAAGAAAAAAGGGAAGGUGAAGGAGAAGAAUGCAUUUGACUGAGAGAAAAUAAACCAGAAGUCUGCUGGAGAGAAGAUCUCAUUCAAGACGUGAGCAGAAACCAUUCAGACAGCUGUCAAACAGGAACGCAGGAUCAAGAUGUUGCUGGUGUCACAGGUCAUGUCCCUCCUCCUCUGUGUGAUGGAGCUCGUCUGCGCCACAUCUGUCGGUCCUUCACUGCAUCAGCCUCCUCUCACACGUGUUCGCAUUAUUGAAGUCGAGGACGACUACGAUGAAGACAGUUCAAAGACGACGCACGCGCCCCAGUCUCCAGGGGUCACGACCUCUCGUGUAAUCCGCCGACCUUGUGAUUAUGACCCCUGUGCGGUUCAAACAACCCCUUGUGACAAGAUUUCAGCCGAGACGGGCUGCCUCUGUCCUGGGCUGACGGGGCCGGAGGAGAGACCCGAGGCUCCGGAGCUCCGGGAGGUGAAGCCGGACGGAUCCGGGGAAGUGUUUGUGCAUUGGUGCGCUCCUCGCUCCACCGUCACCCAUUAUGAGGUCACACUGAAAGAUGGACACAAGAAGCUGUUUUUCGGAGAAUAUUUAAGAAACGGUGCCGUUCCCGGACUGAAAGUCGGGGAGAUGGUGUGCGUGACGGCCGGGAAUCAAGCGGGACUCAGCGAGAAGUCGUGUGCACGAUAUGAGCCUCCGCAACCCGAGCAAGCGGCUCUGAGCGCAGGGAUCAUCGCGGGGAGCGUCGGCUUCCUGCUGCUGCUCUCGGCGCUCGCCGUUGUGCUGUGGAGACGAAGGACAUGUCGGAAAGGCAGGAUGGGAGACGCCGAGGGCCUCGGAAAUCCUUCAUACACCACUGAUGGAGCGCUGUGAUGAGGAAAUGAAUGCAUGGAGAAUGAAACAAGCUGCAAAGAGACUGAGUUUUGUGCAAGUGCACUGUCGGUCAAAAGACUGGAAUAAUUAUCAUUUUUUCAAAAAAGUCCCUUCUGCUCAGCAGUGCUGCAUUUAUUUGAAUAAAAAUAUAGUAAUAAUUGUGGAACAAUAUUUGAAUGUAUUUUAAAAUAUAAUUUAUUCCUUUGAGUCAAAGCUGAAUUUUCAGCAUCAUCACUCCAGUCUUCAGUGUCACAUGAUCCUUCAGAAAUCAGUCUAAUAUGCUGAUUUGAUGCUCAAGAAAAAUUUUUAUUAUUAUGAUUAUUGAAAACAGUUGUGCUGCUUCAUGUUUGUGUGGAAACCGAGAUGCAUUUUAUUUUGUAUGAUUCUUUAAUAAAUAUAAAGUUCAAAAAACAGCAUUUAUUUUAUACAUAUAACUUAAUUAUUCCAAACUUUUGGCCUGUAGUGUAUAUAGUGGACAGUUAUUGUGCACCUGACUGAAAAUAAUGCUCUCUAUUUUAGGUUCACUACUAAACUGCUGUGAUUGGUUCGGAAUUAUUUUUAUUGUGAGAUUGUGAGUGAUUUGAAUGUUUAAAGUCAACAUGGAAUCAAAUCUCUUUACUUUCAUAAUUCACAUUAGUGCUCUUAAUGUGAGCUAUUCAUCAGUGCACAUUAGUCUGAGGAAAAUAAUAUUUGCAUUUGCAAAUCUCUCAUCAAAAAAAUCAUCGCUCCGCUUCUGAAAUGACUUUCCAAAAAGCUUUUUCAAAAGUAAAUGCAUUCAAAUACAAAACACUUCCUGAUAGACAAAAUAAGUCCUGUGGUUCAUUGUAUUGUUUUUUAAUAACUAAAUAUCAUUUUCACUCAAGUACGUCUCAUUAUGGAAGUAAAAUGUGUUUUGAUUGUGAUUUUUUUGCUGACUUUAACACUACUAAUGGUUCUAUCGCACUUAGGAAGCCUGGAGCUUCAUUAAGCUAGACAGGGUUUUACAAAGUAUCUGUUGUACAGCUACGUUUACUUAGAAAGUAUGUUUAACUAUUUUAAAGAUUAUUGAUAAUGUUUUAUCAAUAAAGAUAUUUUAAUUGCUUUUA